AUUCUCGUAGGUGGGAAAAAGGAGAGGAGAAGGAGGACAAGGAGAGCCGCGAGAAGGUCGGGCCGAGAGCUGCCUGCCUGCCUGCCUUCCUUCCCUCCAAGAUGCGGGCUCCGCUGCGCUGCCUGGCCGCGGUGGGGCUGCUCCUGCUCCUGUCCUGCGGCCCAGGUACUACGUCCCGUCGCAAUCUGGAGGGUAAACUCUUUGGUGGUCUCCCAUCACCAUCAAAUACAGAGCCUUCAAACUCUUUAGGAAAGGGAGUUUCCAGAGGAAAUAAACUGAAACUGAUGCUUCAAAGACCAGAAGCUCCUGCUGCAGUUAAGGCAGAGGUUUCAGUCAAAGAAGAUAAGGCCAAGGAGUUUUUGAGAAGCCUAAAACGCCAGAAGCGCCAGUUGUGGGAUCGAAGUCAGGCCGAUGUUCAGCAGUGGUACCAGCAGUUCCUCUACUUGGGCUUUGAUGAAGCUAAAUUUGAAGAUGAUGUCUCGUACUGGUCUAACCUAGGUCGCAGUGGCCAUGAAUAUUAUGGUGGAUACUACCACCAUCAUUAUGAUGAAGAUGCACCCAUCGGCCCUCGAAAUCCCCACAGCUUCAGGCAUGGAGCAAGUGUCAACUAUGAUGAUUAUUAAUCUUUUCUACUUUGUAUAAGGUGAAGAGGAAGAUUGAUAACUCCUAUAUACCUUUACUCCACUCUUUAUGUUAUGUUAUGAAAAGUUUUUUAUAUUCUUCGAGUAGCAUGGAAUGUACAAGUGUUAGAAUAAAAGCUUUCUGAUAAA